AUGGAUAACAAAACUUGUGCUUAAAAAUAAGUAACUUUAGGAUAUUGGAACAUCCCCUUAAGAGCUUAGCCAAUUAGAUAUCUUCUUGAAUUAGGUCAUUACCCUUAUGUAGAAAAAAAGUAUACUUAAUAAGACGCUUCAGAAUGGUUUGGAAAAGACAAACAAAAACUUGGCUUGGAAUACCCCAACCUUCCUUAUCUUAUCUAAGGUGAUUUUCAUAUAACUGAAGCUUCUAAUAUAGCUAAUUAUGUGAUUGAAAUUACUCAUUAAUAAAGACUUUUAGGAUGUGGGGAUAAUAAAUUUAGAGUUGGAAACAUUAGAUAUGUCUGUGAUGGAUUGAUUAUCGAUGUCUUCAAAACUUUAAAAAUGACUCCUGAAGAAAAGCAAAAACUUUUAGAAAACAACAUCCUUCCUGAUCUCUACUCAUUGAAGGAGGCUCUUGGUGAAAAAACCUAUUUCUUUGGAAAUAUAACUAUUGCUGAUGUUUAUGCCUACUGCGCUUUAGUCAACUUCAAAUUAUUCUUCCCAAAUGAAUAUUAAAAAUUUGCAAAUUCUUCUUUUGAUCGUAUUAUUCACAAUUUCGAAGCCAUUCCUGAAAUUAAAGCUUACCAAAAAUCAGAUAGAUUCCCUAAGUUUUAAUUUUGA